GUCCGGUGUCAGUGUCGAAGUUGGGUUGGAUUUUUACUUCUUUUCUUUCUUGGCGGUUUUUGCGCUGUAGUUUCGCGAGCUGGUCGGCUUUGCGCCCGGCUGCAGAGCUCCGCUUUUCUCGGGGGGCACAGCGGGCUCAUGCCGGAGCUCCGUCCCGGUGGGGGAGACCGGAGACACUGGACAGCGAGAUACAGGAGCCCGGCCGCGGACUGGGGAGAUCCCCCCCGGCCGGACGGCAGGCGGUGGCGGGACGGCCACUGAGGGAAUAUGUCCCGGAGAACGAGGAAAGGCCAGGCCCAGGUAAGCGAUGACCAGGAUCAGGCGAAGGAUUUGAGCCACAGGCUGCCCUUGGAAGAGACCGAAGAGGGAAAGCGGAGAAUGGAAGAUUCUCUGAGACGGGAGGAUAAAGCAGUCGUUAAACCGCACUUGCAGCAUCUCUCUGACUCUGAGAACGAGGAACCGUUUGCCGGGAGGAUCCCUUACAAAUCCGCGUUUGUUCCAAAGAGCAAUGCAAACACCCUGGCAUCGCUGACUUGGAAUAUUCAUUCAAAGAUAGAGAGGAGCCAGAGCUGCAAUGAUACGGUGUACGAGUGCCGUACAAGGAGCCAGAAGGCUGCCCCGCUGCUUCACAAAGCAAAAGCAUCUCCUGGCGGUUGGGCUCCUUUUGGGAUGUUGGGAGUCCUCCUAUCUACAGAGAAUAGCCGUUCCUUUUCUGCUCCUGCCCUGACCUCGGAAAAACGUCUUGCUGGGAACCCUUUGAACUCCUUCAUCCCGCUGCAAAAGCCAGAGAGGUCCAUCAGUCCGGAUAGCAAUGACAGCAUUUCCGAGGAGUUAAAUCACUUCAAGCCAAUUGUCUGUUCUCCUUGCACGCCACCCAAGAGGCUUCCCGACGGCCAGGUCCUGAGCCCCGUCAUCAUAAAAUCCACUCCCCGGAAUUUGAGAAAGAGCUUGCAAAAGCCCACGACGUACGAGGCCAGCCCUCUGAUUUUGAAGAAAUGGGAACAGAUCUUCCAGGACCGUCAGAUGAAGAAAACGCUAUCCAAAGGCACUUUGACGUCGGUCGACGAAGGGUUACCCGUACAAAGUAAAGCGGCGGCAUCAAGUAAGCAUCUUCUCGAUCAGAACAGCACAAUAAGUAGCACGGGAACGAACUCCGAGUUUCUGCCUUCUUCUAGUAAAGGAGUGCUUGUGAAACGUGAUGAAGGGCGGCAGGACUCGCAGGGUAACGAUUCUUUCCCUGGCUCUGGUCAAUCCUCGGAGACGACUCACGCUAAAGACUUCCUUAAUACGGAUGCCAACUCAAACGAGUACGCCAGCACCAAGGUGUCCAACGCUAAGACUGUCCGCAAGUACGUCGGACCCACUUCGCUAAAACCAACGUUAAAGCGGGCGCACAAAACCGCUUCACAAACUGUAAAUAUGCAAAACGGCACAUGCUGUACCGCCGCCGAGAAUAUCAGCCCGGUGUUCCAGCUGCGCAGGGGGCAGAAAAGACGAUGCAAAACCAAGCACUUGGAGCAGAACGGUUCUCUUAAGAGGUUAAAAGCUCCCCGCGGGGAGGGCUGCGCUCAGGGCUUCAGCUUCGUCUGGCGGGAGGCGGAAGAGAGACUGCACCAGGAGGAGGAAGACGAGAAGCUGGCGUUGAAGCUUCAGAAAAUCUUUGACAAGGAGCAUCGGGCCGUAAACCGCUGCAAGGGGAGCAGGGAUGAAUACCCCCUGCGCUCGAAAAGCACCGCUGGCGCAAACUAGCACUUAAAAUACUUUUUCUACGUCAAAAUGAUCCACAGGAAGAGCUAUUUUUCCUUUUUAGAAACUGAUGUUGACAUCUGGUUCUAGCAGAAGCCGCAAUAAUCGCAUGCGGGGCUCUUCUCGUAUCGCAGCGCUCCUCGGCCUAAGCUGCCGUGUUGAGGAGAAUGUGUCCGCCGCGGCGGUUUGCGGUCCGCGUGCAUCGCCCGUAUAAAACCAAACCUCCUGGAGGCUUCCGUUGUUUCUUUGAGAGCGAAGGGCCAUGCGUUGCUUGCUCUGAUUAGUCCUCUGUUGCUUUUGAUCUUUAUUUUUCUGGAAAUUAGUGUUUUUGGUUUUUUUUUUGCAAGGGCUCUGUGUUUCUAUGCAUACCGCGGCAAAAGAAAACCCUCCAAAUCGAGGUUUAUUCU